AUGGAACUGUUCGCAGAGACGGAAUGCUCACCUGAAAGAACGCGCGAAGUUGCCAGUGAGCUUUUGAACCAUAUUUACCUGAUCGACCGCUCCAAAGCGCGUUUUUUGUCGUCAGUCCACCCUCAGUCAUUGGACCCAUCUCUCCCUGCCCUCGCCGAACCUUCUGAAGCACCUCCGCCCGAGGACGAUGCACCGCCAUUGCGCCCGUUGACAUCGCUGAACUGGCCCUACGUCCCAGAAGAAUCCGCAUACCCAGAUCCGUUGAAACGAGACGAUCCAAAAGCACUGCAAGUGCCGCAAUACGAAGCUAUCGCGACCUCUCCCGCGGUCCGCAAAACGCUCGUCGAGCACCCGAAUCUGCCCGCCCUCCUCCGCUCCAUCGACACACUCCGGGGUCCAGACCGCGAAGACGCGCUGCACCGUGCGCUCGGCGUAUCCGCGCCGGACAUCUCCGGCGCGAAACCAGGCGCGGGCCUUUCCGACGACGUACUUGCGCUGCGGGCGCUGGCAGAGGCCGUGGAGGCUGCCGUGCGAGGGGGGAAGGAGGGCUCGUUGGGUCUGGACUGGGAGGGUACAUAAAACUAUAUGAUUUGAUUACUCAACACGUAUGAUAAAGAAAAUGUGGGCAUGAUGAUGAUGAUCGUCGUGAGCGGCAGGUAGCGUCAGUAGAUGGGCCGCGACGUCCAGAGCGGGGUGCGCUGCCCGACGACAGUCCCCCCGGCCUGGUGCGGAUCGGCGACCCUCGAGGACCUGGCUGUGCCCGGGUCCGAUGGCCAGAAUGCUGGCGGGGGCGGGAACAGCCCCUGCUGCUGCUGCUGCUGCUGCUGCUGAUGGUGGUGGUGGUCCUUUCUGCUAUCCGACCACGCCGUCGGAUAUCUCUGCGACUGGAUCGACAGGGGAUAAUUCGAGCCGUAGGAUGGUGCGGCAGCAUGCGUGUGCUCGGGGGACGGAUGCGCGGGACGCAUCGGCUCCCAGUCCGACACGGGGGGCUUGGUCAUCGCGACCAUCACAUUCGGCUCGUAGCCUUCGCGCGACCACGCUGAGCGGUGCGCGGACUGGGGCUCCGACGCGCGGCGACUCUGCGGCAGACCUUCGAACGGGGACAUCUUGGAGGGGCCUGGUCUCGGGUACGAGGACGGCUGUUGGUCCGGAAAGGACCCGGCCGAGUCACAGGACCAAAGCAGCUCGUCCUCGGGGUACGUCCUGCGCCGUUUCGGGGGCGAUUUGGCGUCGAGCAGAUCGUCGUCGUCGUCUUCCUGCUGGAACUCGGGCGUCGUCGAUUCUUCCUUGAGCUGGACCCCGCUGCCAGAGCGCGUGUGAGCGGUGUCGAGACUAAUGUACACGGGGAUCGUUACAACCGCUGUAGCCUCGCACAAGACCCGCGACGCACCCUGGACCCCCGGGUAUUGCUUGCCAGGAUAGACAUAGAACGGAUUGGAGAUGCCACGGCUGGUGACAGAUCGAUGCGCGGACCACGCACCCGUCGAUCACAAAUAAGCUUAGUUUGAAUCGCCAGCUGCCUUCGAUGCGCACGCAAAUGUCAGGGAAGAUGAAGAACGCUGCGUCCUGGUCUGAGUUGGGGUGGUCCUUGAGCACACGGAUGGACGAGACAAGGGCGCCAGAUGUGCUUGGUCUCCCUCCGUCCUAGAUCACAGAUAAGAUAAGCUGGGAAGAAGGGGAAGAAGAAGAACAGAAGCGAAGCAGCGGCUGCGCCGGACUGACACAUUUGAUCUCGACGUCGUCGUCCUUGGAAACCAAGGCUGCAUACAUGAAGUAGUACGGAUUCGUCAGGUGCGAUCUGCAACCACAUCAUCAGCAGAGGUCCAAGCGUGGUGAAUGGCACUCACCCUCGAAGCCCUGCGCCAUUAUCCUGGGGUUCAGUGACCCGGAGCUGGACGAUGAUAGGCGGGUCAACAGGCCUACGAUCUGCUGGAAUCAAGGGUGCAUCAGGACCCUCCCCUCCCCUCUGUCGCCGAGCAAGCAGAGAGAUUUCUCACCCGAAACCUUCAAGGCCGAUAUCCUGGCGUGCAAGGGUUGCUGCCGAAUCGUCACGUCGUAAUUCACACUUAAAACAGCAUGGUCAGAACUGGUGGCCCCAAAGCGGCUCAACGAAGGGGCGCGAACUUGAGGUUGGCGGUGGCCAUCUGCCGGGGAGAGGCUUGUGUCCUGUGCGGCAAAUCUCGUCGAGUGGGAACCAGCGGUACGGCUGGCAGAGUAGCACGGUUGAUAUCUGGUUUUGUGGGUAGAAGAGGCAUGGGCCAAAAUAGGACCGCUGCCUCUUUCGACGGAACUUGAGGUCAAGGCGAGGCCCACACAAAUGUCGCGAUUAACCUUGGAGUGCCUAUUCGUGGGUUCCCCGGAAGUUGCCAUUCUGCACCCCGAACAUAUUAUGAGACGCCGCCCCCCAUCAGUCUACGCACAUCGGUGCCUCCCCGCACCCUCCCCGGACUGCGCUCCCCCCAUUUCUCGCGCAGACAGUCGCGGAGAAUGGGCUCUUGGCGCAUUAUCUGCAGCUGCAGCAGUGACGCGGCGUGUCUACAGAUUGAUUCGGAUUGUAGCUCGACCCGUUGCAUCCAGCAACCUCGCUGCAGACAUGGUCAUGCACGAAGCUUGACGAACAAGAGACCGUCCACUCGAGAUAUCGGAGGUGGCCGUUGCCGGAUUUCGGCAUAGGCACGG